AUGCUAAUUGGGAGAGUUGGUGCUGUUCAGAUGGACAUGACAACCGACUCGUUCUCGGCUGACAGCUCCCGCACGGCCAUGCGUCCAGGCAUCGCCAUGGGCGCGGCAUUCUACGAGUUCCUGGCUUGCAAGAAGAUGGGAAAGGAGAAGCUGCGUAUGCACUUCGGCAACUUGGCGAGGAUCUUGUGGCAGAUUGACCACGGGUCUGAGUAUGGAUUCGACAAGAAGUUCCUGCCAUGCUUCCUGGCAGGCACACCAACGUCCGGCACCUCUCCCCACUCCGAUCCCCUCGGUCAAUCAGAGCAGAAGCCUAUCGCGAAGCGCAAUUUCAACGAGAUGGACGAGGAGGUCGAUCUUUCCGCGCCGAGCUUCCAUGGACGACCCUAA